AAUUUUCAGGUGUGUCGGAGGUUCAACCAAGUAAACCAGAGUCUGCUUAAUAAAGGCUUCCGUAAAGUUGAACAACAUCAAGCAAAGUGCCUUAAAGAGGUGAAAAGUCAACUGCCAAGAAGAGAAUCAGAACGACGAAAUCAUCAUCUCUAUCGGCACUGUGACAUUCUUACAGCCAUUGAAACCCGACUUUCUUUACUCAAUAUGACUUUUAUGAAGUAUGUUGAUUGCCAGAUGUGCUGCUUUAUACCGGGAAAGGUCAUUGAUGAGAUAUAUCGGGUUCUGAGAGUAGUUCAGAAUAAAACAUUACCAAGAUCCCAUGAAAUCCUAACAGAAUUAAGGGACAUAUCCAGCAUGGCAAUGGAGCACUUUGAGAAAAGAAAAAUCAUUAAGACUCUCAAGCCUGCAUCCAUACCAUCCCCGUCCAGAAGUUUUACACUGACGUCUACAAUGCCUUUAUCAUCGCUCACUUCUGAAUUGACCUCAUUUGCUGGAAACUGUAAGCAUUAUCUUGUAGUGUUUGUUAGUGGUCUAAAGAAAGACAUCUCCGAUUUAAAGUCAAAGAUUCAUGAUUUACGGCGGAAAGUAAGUGAACAGGAACGCGUUGCCUUGGAACAGAACCGCAUCUUGUCAGAACAAACAACCAAGUUAAUCAGUCAAGAGGCAAAGCAAAAUGAGGUAUGUCAAAAAUUAAUAUACUUUUACUUUUUGUUAUUAAGUUUACUAAGAACCUAG